AUGGAUUUCUGUCGUUGUUUUCUCCGCACUUCCAGCACCUCCAACUCGUGGUUUUGGCGGUUUUGCACCGGGCAGAAUGACGACAGCUUUCUGCAGGAAGAGAGGCCAAUCCCCUUGGAACACGCGUGGAAUAAAACCAAGGAAGGACAUGGAGCCGAAAACACCUUCGACCCGGACCACCCUUUGCGUCGCUACGGGUUUCUCUCGUACUCCGCCUUGCCUGUUGCGGUAACGCCGUCGAAGAAAGUCUUGUCUUCUUCAUCAUCAUCUUCCACCACCUCGAGUAGGAGAAAUAAGUUCGAAACCCACCUCCGUGGGCCGAAGUUGAAAUUAUGCAAUACAAAUUUUCCGUACACCUACACGUAAAAAAAUGCAUCACAAAUUUCUCUAACUUCACGCCUGCCGCUUGUGAUGCUGAAUAGGAUUGAGGGGAAGUUUUGUCAUGCUUGCAGAAACAUGCUUUACCUUACGUGUACGGCAAGUUUGCUGUGGAUAAAAAUCGGGAAAAGUGUAUUUCAUCGUUUCGGAGCGGGAGUUGGUUGCUGUUGAAUUGGAGUUGUAUGUGAACGGGCUGUAUGACCUGCAGAAGUAUCGUACUAAUAGUAUGAAUUUCAUUACAAAUUUCUUCAGAAAGACAAAUGGAAUUCGAAACGCUGAAUUACACAAAUAAAACCCAGAUUUUCCAUGCAAGCCUGGCGUGUAUACAACGAGUACGAUACUUUUGCAGAUUAUCAACGGCGGUUUUCAAGCUAUGUUGAAGGAGAAGCAGGAGCAGCACAAGAUAGCGACAACCAACAGAAAAUCCAGGAGUUACUUUUUUCCCCCUUCAUGAUCAUCCGCAACUGCAGAUUUGAGGAGCAAGAGGGUAUGCACAACUUUGACACGUUGUUUACCAAAUUACUAAGGGAUCAGAACGGGAGUGCGAGCGGUGUGCGGCCCUCUUCCGGCGAUUUGGACUACAAGAUCUUCAAGUUGUCCUGGUUUGGAUUGGAUGUGAAAUACUACUUCGCGGUUUGUACAAAUGCUUUGGAAGGAGUAGAUGCAAGGAGUACAACUCUCGCUGGUGGUGCGCAAACGCAAUUAGUACCCACGUCGACAACCACCACCCACGACCAAGUAAAUCCCCCCUCCGACCUGGAAGCUGCAACGCAGUUACAAUCCGAUAUCGAGAUGUUUUCAUCAAUAUCCUGUGCAAAAGUAUCGUACUCGUAGUAAUCGCAUUUAUGCAUGACAACUCUCUUUUUCAAGGUAAAUCAGCAUGAGAAAUUGUAUUUGUCAUGCUGAGCAAACUUGUAAUGCGAUUACUACUAGUACGAUGCUUUUGCAUUUCAUAAUCAAAAAACAGCAACCGAACUAUGUUUGCGGCGAGCGUGGCGUCGCAGUUUUCGUCGCUUGUGGGAGCAGCAACAGCAGUGGGUCCAGCUGCGGGGGCGUUAGCAAAUGUUUCUAAUUCAUCAUCGGCCUCUUCCUCCGCAGCCGCAACGCCGGCAACUGGUGCCCCGUCCUCUCCAAGCAAACUGCAUAAAGCCUCAACAACCGCCCUGGACAUCCCUCAAAACCUGUUCAAAACGUCUACCAGCCUGAAGUCCCAGAAAACCGCGGAGCAGUGCCGGCAAGAGUGGGUGGUCGCGAUUUCCAAAUGCGUGAAGAAAGUGACGCAGAGUCUGUAUCCGAACGGACUGCAAGGUAUCAAAUGUAAAAAUGUCUGGGUCUGGAAGAUUCUGAGACUUGUCAUGCAUGUUGUGCAUGGGCCAUGAUGUCUGUGAUGCAUGCCCUAGCAUCACAGAUUUUUUCAGGGCAUCUUGAUGCCUAUUCCGCAUGACAAAUGCCCUAUCCUUGUAGCAAGAAUUAUACUCCUUUUGCUACUCAUGCAAUACAGAUUUUUUUGGAAUCCAAAUGCAGCGUCACAAGUUGCAUUCUUCCAGACCCAGACAUUUUUGCAAUCCAUACAAGGGGGGAGCUUUCUUAAGGCGGUAGCUAGGACUACAAUGGGCGUUGGUAGUGCAGCACCAGCGCCGGUUGGAAGAUCAAAAGACCCGUUCGAGGAACAACUCCCCGACCUGCUCCUCUUAUCCGGCUUCCUAGUUUACCAGUACCCAAGCAGGCGUGAUUUGGUCUCGACGCUGUACUGCGAAUUGCACGCGCAGGAAACUACAACGGUGAAUGAAAGUGGGGAUAAAGAUGAAACCGCAGGCACGAAGAGUACGACGGCGAGUAGUACCUCACCUUCUGGGAAUAAACUGGACGAAGAGAAGAAAAGACUGAAGUCGAAGGCAAAACUCGUGCUGUAUCAAAACGACCUCGAUGUAGUGGUCAGCGCAUCUUCACAAAUGUUGAACAGCAAUACGAGUAGUACUUCAUCUUCUUCCGCUAAACUCCUGGAAAUCCCGAUUACCGAGGACACUCCUUUUUAUGAAAAAAUCGGCGUCAACUGCACAACCUUCUGCGUCGACAACACGCACCACUUCGCCGCCAGGUCGGAGCAGGAGAAAAAAUUGUGGCUGCGGGUGAUUGGAAAUUUGAAAAUCAAGGUGGCAAAUAAAGCGCCAACUCCGGAUGCGGAGGAGGUGAAGGCGUUUCGGGAAUCGAUUGUGGAAUACAUGGGAAUGAACGGGAUUUUGUUCAACAAUAGUAACUCUUCAGCAUCCUCUUUCCGCAAUACAACUACUCUUCAAUCCGACCCACUUUUAACCCGCGUGACCGACCGGCAACCAAGGGAAUUCUUCGGUUUUAACCCCGCGGCGGAUCGGAGGAGACUGCAGCAAGGCGGACCAGUUUCGACGGCGACGACAACAUCAGGAACAGGAGCCUCUGGUGCCGAUCAUGAGGAAAGAACAAAACUGCCUUCCGUAGGGGGUAUCGUGAUGGGUCGUGCUGGACCGUCGUCGAUACAAGAACCACAUCCUCCCAGAACAGCUGCGUCGAAGACAUCGAUGUAG